CUGGGAUACCAGAUAUAGUGAAUGCAGGGUCCUGGGAGACCAGAUAUAGUGAAUGCAGGGUUCGGAGAAAACAAGAAAUAGUCAAUGCAGGGUCCAGGAAGAUCAGAUAUAGUGAAUGCAGGGUCCGGGGAGAGACCAGAUAUAGUGAAUGCAGGGUCCGGGGAGAGCAGAUAUAUGAAUGCAGGGUCCGGGGAGACCAGAUAUAGCAAAUGCAGGGUCCGGGGAGACCAGAUAUAGUGAAUGCAGGGUCCUGGGAGAGCGGAUAUAGUGAAUGCAGGGUCCUGGGAGAGCGGAUAUAGUGAAUGCAGGGUCCGGGG